GUCCUCUUACACUGGUUUGACAUGUCCGAGUUCAGAAGGCAAUGUGAAUAGUAGCAUAUCGUCAUUUGCGAUGGCAUUUAAAGAUCCAGAGACGUUGGAUCUUCUCAUUGUUGUCCUGUGAAGAAGCAGACAAGAUGGCUCAGACCGAAGGACCAGUAGGCAUGAUCGACCCCUCCCUCCUCCUCCGCCCAGAGAAGGUGUACGACGACAAGCCAAUCGACGCCUUCCGCGAUUACUCAGUAGACGACGCUGAUCCCAUUAAGGAGCGCGUGCGCAGGACUUACUACGAGAUGCACUCCAACAUGACAGUGGAUUUCGUCAAGGCGAAAAUGGACAAAUGGUUGAAGUUCAAUCACUUCAAGUCCACGGUGAAAGACGCGCUGAUCAAGCUAAACGAGCUGGUGGAUGAGUCAGACCCUGACUCCGACCUUCCGAAUAUCGUCCACGCCUUCCAGACGGCCGAGCGAAUCCGUGAGGAACAUCCGGAUAAGGAGUGGAUGCACCUGAUUGGACUUAUCCACGACCUAGGCAAGGUCAUGGCGUUCUUCGGCGAGCCACAAUGGUGCGUGGUGGGGGACACCUUCCCCGUGGGCUGCAAGUGGGGCAAGAGCAUCGUCUACGGAGACGACAGCUUCAAGGACAACCCCGACACUUACAACUCUAAAUACAACACGGAGUGCGGCAUGUACAAGCCAAAAUGCGGUCUGGAGAACCUGAUGAUGUCGUGGGGCCAUGACGAGUACCUAUACCGGAUGCUGGUGCAUAACAAAUGCAAGUUCCCCAAGGAGGGGCUCUACAUGAUCAGAUACCACUCGUUCUACCCGUGGCACGCGGGCGGCGACUACAAGCACUUGCUCGUCGACAGCGACAAGGAAAUCGAGAAAGCCGUUCUCGAGUUCAACAAAUACGACCUGUACACAAAGAGCGCUUCCGUCCCAGACAUCGACGCCUUGUGGCCCUACUAUGACAAGCUCAUCGAGAAAUACAUGCCAGGCGUCCUCGACUGGUAGACCGACCCUUCGCCCUUGGUUACACACCGUUCGCUUCAUGUUGGCGGCCACCUCCCUCGCACCUCGCCGCAAACCAACGGCCAAGCAGAAGUGACAACGAUAAACACAACUACCCAGGGUCCACCUAGCCGACGUCACAAUCAUGACGGCCAACUAAAAUUUGGCGCUAUAAAGAGGCGCGAAAUUAAAAUUUUCUAUGGGAUUUAGGCUUGUGUACAUGUACUAAUAGUACAAAAAACACGAUUCCCUACACUGUACUAGACCGAACUACUCCCAAAUGAUUCUGCUCUCUAGUACAUUUAGUACACUCACACACGCGCAACAGAAUGGGAGCGAAAGGAGCGCAGAGCCGAGAACUGACAAUUAGAGCAAA